AUGUCGCAAUCAGCUCUCCUCAUCGGAGAAAUCUCACACGCGCGCAAGGAGUGGGAGAGUCUUUCCUCAAACUUGACAUUAAAGGAAUUUCCCAGUGGAACACGAGAGGAGUUUAUCGCAAACUGCAAGGCGGGCCAGUACGAUGAUGUAGUGGCUCUCUACCGGUCUAAUACUUCUACAAAGUACACCGGCCCCUUCAAUGCGGAGAUGGUGGCCGUUCUGCCCAAGUCGCUGAAGUAUAUUUGUCACAAUGGUGCCGGAUACGACAACAUCGAUGUCGCUGCGUGCUCAGAGCGGAGCAUUGCGGUGUCAAGUACGCCGGUCGCGGUCAAUAACGCAACGGCCGAUGUGGGCAUCUUUUUGAUGAUCGGAGCGCUGCGCCAGGCCCAGGUACCAAUCAUGACACUGCGGGAGGGCAAAUGGCAGGGCCCUAUCACCGCUAACGGAAAGCAAGAGCGAGCCACACUCGGCCAUGAUCCCAAGGGCAAGAUCCUUGGUAUUCUGGGCAUGGGUGGCAUCGGACGGGAAAUGGCCAUCCGCGCCAAGGCAUUCGGAAUGAAGAUUCAAUACCAUAAUCGCUCCCGACUCCCAGCAGAACUGGAGGCGGGCGCAACAUAUGUCUCCUUUGACGAGUUACUCGCCAAUGCAGAUGUACUGAGCUUGAACUUGGCACUAAACGCUUCAACUCGCCAUAUUAUUGGCGCCACGGAGUUUGAAAAGAUGAAAGAUGGCGUGGUGAUCGUCAACACUGCUCGUGGAGCCCUGAUCGAUGAGAAGGCGCUCGUUGCGGCACUUGAGUCUGGCAAGGUGCGCUCUGCUGGCUUGGAUGUCUAUGAAUGUGAGCCCGAGAUUGAACCUGGUCUUGUGAGUAACCCUCGGGUUAUGCUGUUACCUCAUAUUGGUACCAUGACCUACGAGACGCAGAAGGAGAUGGAGAUUCUUGUGUUGGAUAACUUGCGGGCCAGAGCGCCAAGAGCGAAAAAACCGCACCAAACCUGGUGGCUCAAGCGACCGCCGGCCGACGACGAAAAGCGACAACAAUUCAUCACCGAGGACCAUCACACCCCCCUCGCCAACUCCUUCAAGAUGGUCCGUUACGCCGCCCAGGAGAUCGAAAACGGCAAGAGCGCCCGCGCCCGGGGCUCUUACCUCCGUGUCAGCUUCAAGAACACCCGCGAGACCGCCCAGGCCAUCAACGGUAUGAAGCUGUCCAAGGCCGUUACUUUCCUCGAGAACGUCACCACCAAGACCAUGGCCGUUCCCAUGCGCCGCUACGCUGGCUCCACCGGUCGCACCGCCCAGGGCAAGCAGUUCGGUGUCUCCAAGGCCCGCUGGCCCGUCAAGUCCGCUGAGCACAUCCUUGAUCUGCUCAAGAACGCCGAGGCCAACGCCGAUGGCAAGGGUCUCGACACCAGCGCCCUGGUUGUCAAGCGCAUCCAGGUCAACCAGGCCCCCAAGGGUCGCCGCCGUACUUACCGUGCCCACGGUCGUAUCAACCCUUACAUGACCAACCCCUGCCACAUUGAGCUCAUCCUCACUGAGGCUAACGAGGAGGUCAAGAAGGCUUCCGAGGACAAGAAGGUCCGCCUCUCUUCCCGCCAGCGUGGCACCCAGAUCCGCCGUGCUCUCAUCGAGGCAUAA